AUGGCCCGGGGUCCUCCGGCUCAGCUCCUGCUGGCCUGGAUGGGCCUGGGGUGCAUGGUGGGUGUGCAAGGACUCUGGGACGGGGCCCUGGAGCCUGCGGGUCCCGGACGUGUGCUCAGGCGUGGUGGUGGCCCAGGCCUCCUGCAGGGGCCCAACGUGUGUGGCUCACGGGUCCACCCCUACUGCUGUCCUGGCUGGAGGACGCGCCCAGGAGGGCACCAGUGCGUCGUGCCCGUCUGCAGACACGCCUGCGGCCCGGGUUUCUGCUCCCGCCCCAACCUCUGCGUCUGCGCCAGUGGGCAGCUGGCCCCCAGCUGCGGGCUGAGCCCAGGGUUGGGGUGCAGGAUGAGCUGCAUGAACGGAGGCAGCUGCAGAGGAGACGCCUGCCUGUGCCCGAGGGGCUACACGGGCACCGCCUGUGGGCAGCCCGUGUGUGACCGUGGCUGCCACAACGGGGGUCGCUGCAUCGGACCCGGCCUCUGUGCCUGUGUAUAUGGCUUCAUGGGGCCACAGUGUGAGAGAGACUACCGGACGGGACCCUGCUUUAGCCAGAUGGGCCCCCAGGGCUGCCAGCACCAGCUGCCCGGCCUCAUGUACACCAAAGCCCUCUGCUGUGCCACCGUGGGGCGCGCCUGGGGCCUGUCCUGCGAGCGGUGCCCCGCGCAACCGCACCCCUGCCGCCGGGGAUUCAUUCCCAACACCCACACGGGUGCCUGCCAGGAUGUGGAUGAGUGUGCCGGGGUGCCCGGCCUCUGCUCGGGAGGCCGAUGCAUCAACACGGUGGGCAGUUACAUGUGCUCCUGCCCGCCGGGGUUCGCCACCAGCCAGGACGGAACCCGCUGCCUGGACCACCGUUCGGGCCCCUGCUACUUGGCGCUGGUCAGGGGUCAGUGCAUGGGAGCCACCACCGAGCACUACAGCCGCGGGGGCUGCUGCUGUGAGCGGGGCAGGUGCUGGGCGGCCGAAUCCCGCCCUGAGUUGUGUCCUGCCGCAGGUUCUGCCGAGUCCCUGAGACUGUGUGCCCAGGGGCCCCUCCCUGGCUUCGCACCCGGUGCUGCGGGUCCUGGCCUCAGGUCUCCACCGCAGGAAUUGCCAGGCGCCGAGCGAGCGGUUCCUAGCCUGGGCCUGGAUGGGACGCACGUAGACGUUGAUGAAUGCCGCAUCUCCCCUGAGCUCUGCAGCCCGGGCGCCUGUCGCAACAUCCCCGGGAGCUUUGAGUGCCAAUGUCCACCCGGCUACGAGAGCAGCUUGGCACUGGAGAACCGCUGUGUGGAUGUGGAUGAGUGUGCCCGAGACCCCCAGCUGUGCCGGGACGGCUCUUGCCUGAACACGGCGGGGAGUUUCUCCUGCCUGUGCCCUCCAGGACACUCGCUGCCGCCGGGGCGCUCUGCCUGUCAGGACCUGGACGAGUGCGCCGAGAACUCGGACCUGUGUCCCCAGGGCCACUGUGUCAACGUCGUUGGCACCUUUCACUGCGCGUGCCCCGCGGGCUUCCGGAGCACCCGCGACCGCCAGGGCUGCGUGGACGUGGACGAGUGUGCGGAGACCCCCGGGAUCUGCAAUGGGGGUCAGUGUGCCAACUCGCCGGGCGCCCACCGCUGCCUGUGCUCAGCGGGGUUCAGGGCCAUGCCAGACGCCAGAUCCUGUCUGAACCCCCAUAAUUGCCUCCAGGGGGCCCAUGCGAACACAAAGGGGUCCUUUGUCUGCCACUGCCCGCUGGGUUACAGCGUCAGGCACGGGUCUGCUGUGGGCUGCAGCGACGUGGAUGAAUGUGAGCGUGGAGGACCCCGCUGUGGCCCCCAUGCAUCCUGCCUCAAUGUCCCCGGGAGCUUCCGCUGCCGCUGCCCGCCAGGCUGGAGGGGAGAUGGUCACAAGUGCCACGAUCUGGACGAGUGUGCUGACCCCGUGCCCCGGUGCAGUCCGCAUGCUCGAUGCUUCAACACCCCUGGAUCUUACCGCUGCGCCUGCCGGCCUGGCUUCCUGGGGAACGGCCUCUCCUGCCAAGACAGGGAUGAAUGUGCCGAGAACGCGGACAUCUGCACCCACGGGCGGUGCCUUAACGUGCCCGGUGGCUUCCGCUGCGAGUGUGAUCCGGGGUUUGAGCGCACGGAGGACCAGCGGGCCUGUCGGGAUGCCCGGCUGGGAACCUGUUUCCUGGACCUGCAGCCCCGAGGGGACGGGGACUGGUCCUGCGGCGCUGAGCUCGGGGCCGCUGUCCCCCGGGGGACCUGCUGCUGCUCCCUGGGCGGGGCCUGGGGCAGCCCCUGUGAGCCGUGCCCGAUGGCCAACACCACUGAGCACCGGACCCUGUGUCCCGGCGGAAUGGGCUUCCGGCCCCACCCUGUCACGUUCAUUCUGGAAGACAUUGACGAGUGCCAGGAGCUGCCGGAGCUGUGCCGAGGAGGUGACUGUGCCAACACCUUUGGCAGCUUCCGGUGCAAGUGCCCGCCCGGCUACCACCUUUCGGAGGACACGCGUGUUUGUGCGGACAUCAACGAAUGUCUCCACCUGGUGGGGAUCUGCUGGCCAGGGACCUGCCAGAAUGUCCAAGGCUCCUUCCACUGUAUCUGCCCAUCUGGCUUCCGGGAGCAGAGUGACCGCUGCCUCGACAUUGAUGAGUGCUCAGAAGAGCCCAGUCCUUGUCUCUUUGGAACCUGCACCAACAGCCGGGGCAGUUUCCAGUGUCUCUGUCCACCGGGCUUUGUCCUCUCUGAUAACGGACGUCAUUGUUUGGACACGAGGUUGAGUUUCUGCUUCGCCCGAUUCGAGGCUGGCAAGUGCUUGGCGCCCCGAGCUUUGAACACCACCAAGGCUGGGUGCUGCUGCAGCAAGAGGCCAGGCGAGGGCUGGAACGACCCCUGCGAGCUGUGUCCUCAGGAGGGCAGUGCUGCCUUUCAAGAGCUCUGCCCCUUUGGCCAUGGGGUGGUCCCAGGCCCAGAUGACUCUCAAGAAGACGUGAACGAGUGUGUGGAGAAGCCUGACCUCUGCAGCGGCGGCCUCUGCAUCAACACUGAUGGCUCCUUCCGCUGCGAAUGUCCCCCCGGCUCCCACCUGGACGUGACGGGCUUCAACUGCGUGGACACAGACGAGUGCUCCGUCGGGCAGCCCUGCGGGGAAGGGACCUGCACGAACGUCGUGGGAGGCUUCGAGUGUGCCUGCGCUGAUGGCUUUGAGCCGGGACCCCUGAUGACGUGCGAGGACAUCGACGAGUGUUCUCGAAACCCGCUGCUCUGCGCCUUCCGCUGCAUCAACACGGAGGGGUCCUACGUGUGCAUCUGCCCGGCAGGGUACUCCCUGCGGGAGGACGGCGCCAUGUGCCGAGACGUGGACGAGUGCGCUGCGGGGCAGCAGGACUGUCACGCCCGGGGCAUGCUUUGCAAGAAUCUCAUCGGCACCUUCACCUGCGUCUGUCCCCCGGGCCUGCGACCCCAGCCCGGUGCUGGGGAAGGCUGCACAGAUGAGGAUGAAUGUGGCGCCGAGCCCCGCCCCUGCGCCCAUGGCCACUGCAUCAACACGGUGGGCAGCUUCCGCUGCCACUGCGACCCCGGCUUCCGGCCCAGUCCUGCCCUCAACAGGUGCCACGAUUUCCGGCAGGGCCCCUGCUUCUCCGAGGUGCUGCCAGCGGCGUGCCAGUCCGGGUGGAGCGGCGGGGAGCCGGUCACCCACGCCGAGUGCUGCUGUGGGGGAGGCCGGGGCUGGGGGCCCCGCUGCGAGCUCUGUCCCCUGCCGGGCACCCCCGCCCACAGGACGCUGUGCCCCCACGGCCCGGGCUACACGGCCGAGGGCCGAGAUGUGGACGAGUGUCGCAUGCUGGCGUCCCUGUGUCCCCACGGCGAGUGCGUCAACAGCCUGGGCUCCUUCCACUGCCGCUGUCAGGCCGGCUUCACCGCCGAUGCCUCCGCCACCACCUGCCUGGACGUGGACGAGUGUAGCCAGACCCCCAAGCCAUGCGCUUUCUUCUGCCACAACACCGAGGGCAGCUUCCUGUGUGCCUGUCCCCGGGGCUACCUGCCGGAGGAGGGAGGCAGACGCUGCGGAGACAUCGACGAAUGUUCUUCCCGGCGUCACAACUGCCAGUUUUUCUGUGCCAACACCAUCGGGGCCUUUGUCUGUCGCUGUCCCCCGGGCUUCACCCAGCACCGCCAGGCCUGCUUUGACAGUGACGAGUGUCUGAACCAACCGGGUCCCUGCGGGCCACAUGCGCGCUGCCGCAACACCCCGGGCAGCUUCAGCUGCGAGUGCCCGAAGGGCUUCACCCUGGACGGAUCAGGCCGUGGCUGCCAAGACGUGGAUGAGUGCGACGGGCCCCACGGCUGCCGGCACGGCUGUCAGAACGAGCCCGGGGGCUACCGCUGCCACUGCCCCCCAGGCUUCACUGAGCACGCUCAAUGGAGCCAGUGUGUGGAUGAGAACGAGUGUGCCCUGUCCCCCGAGGCCUGCGGCAGCGCCGUCUGUCACAACACGCUGGGCAGCUUCCGCUGUGUCUGCCCCUCGGGCUUCGACUUCGACCAGGCGCUGGCCAGCUGCCGGGACGUGGACGAGUGCGCGUCGCCGGGGGUCCCCUGCAGCUACGGCUGUGCCAACGCGCCAGGUGGCUUCCUGUGUGGCUGCCCCCCAGGCUUCUUCCGGGCUGGGCAAGGGCACUGCGUCUCCAGCCCAGCCUUCAGCCCGGGCCCCCAGGACCCCCCAGAAGAAGGGGACCAGCAACCCCCAGAAGCCUGCUACGAAUGCAGAAUCAAUGGGCCCCCCACUCUGGACCGGGCCCGGCGCAGCGCGCCUGGUGGGGACCAUCAGGUGAGCCUGGCCAGCCUGGACUCCACGGCCCCUCUGACUCUAAGCCUGGAUGUCUCUCGCCUGGGCCCGGCCCGCCACAUCCUGGACCUGCGGCCUGCACUGGCCGGCCCGGGGGCCUGGGGCCGCUACGUCAUCGUUGGGGGCACCGGCCACCACCUCUUCCGCCUGCGCUGCCGCCGGGGCCUCAGUACCCUCCUCCUGCGCCGGAAGCCGGGGCCCGGCACCUACCAGCUGGACGUGGCCAGCAUGGCCAGGCCUGAGAGUCCCCGGCCGGACAUGCGACCGGGACCCCGGGCUGGGCCCCUGAGGCUAAGGUUGUUGUUCCAGGUACUGUAG